AGGAGGAGGGGUCGACGGACGAGAGAGUUGGGGAGGGAGGUACAGAAGGAAAAGGAGUGGCCUUCUGCUGAUAGUCGCCCUCUCUACCGGAGUAAAGUCUUCUCUCAGUGGCAGCUUUACAGGAGGGAAAACAAACCAGAAGUUUUGAGAUACAGAACAGGGAAGGAGAGAGAAGAAAAGGGAGAGCUGUCCUCAAACCAUAGUUUCUCUCAGGCUGUAUGUGGGUUUUAUACAGUCAUGGCAUCAGCAGCUCCACCAAAAAGGAUGGUGUCUUCUUUCUUCAUCACUCUGGCGUCUCCUCACCGAGCCACUGUGACACAGCAGCAGCCCGCCCUCCAAGCCCACAGUACCCCGGCUAGAGACAAGCAGCAUGCUGCUGCACGAGUCAGCCAAAGUGACAACAUCCCUGUCCUAAGACAUAAGAAAGAGGACCACUCACAGCCUGAGUCUUAUGGCAGUGUAGACAGCAAAGGCCGGACUCAUGGGGGGGCCACAGCCACAGCCCCAGCCCCAGCCCCAGCUUCAGACCCUCAGAGCCCAAAACCUGCCCAACCUGGAACCAGCAGAGGACAGCUGCAAGAACAAGACAGAUGUGCUUCAGAGCUCUUCCCUCCACCUCCUCCUCCUCCUCCUGCUGAUGCUGGACUGCCUUCAUCUCUGGGAACAUCGCUCUCUGAAGAAUCAGCACUUCCGCCACCUCCUUCUGCCCAGACGCCUCCCUCCUGCCCUCUGACCCCAGGCCAGCAGCCAGUUUACAACAGAGAGGUGGAAACAAGCACACCAUCUAGUGGAUUCAAACAAGAUGAACAAUCCCACGGUAUCCAUAAAAAUGGCCAAGACACGAGCGGGGAGAGUAAAGAGGUGUGUGGCUUCUGUCGGAAACCCGUGGCUCUUUCUGAACCUGCAAUAGAGGCCUUAAACAGGACGUACCAUGACGGUUGCUUCCAGUGUAGAUCUUGUCACAUUCCCCUGGCUGGUAAACAGUAUUACAACAAGGCAGGGAUCCCGCUCUGUGAAGACUGCUACCAGGCCAGUCUGGAACUCUGCUGGGCCUGUGGGGAGGCUAUCACAGAUCAUGUGAUCCGCGCACUGGAGCGUGCAUACCAUCUUUCCUGUUUUACCUGCGCAACAUGUAAACAGCAAAUUGGAGAGCAAGCUUUUGCUCAGGGCGAAGUUGGAGAGGUUUAUUGCCUCCAGGACUAUUACAGGAAGUACGCUCCAAAGUGUAACGCCUGCAAAAAACUAAUCAUUCCAAAGGAAGAUGGUACCGACAGCUACAACGUUGAAUGCCUCGGACGCUCUUACCACGAGAACUGCUACAGAUGUGAGGUCUGCGUCAUCCAGCUCUCUCCUGAACCAAACGAGCACGGCUGCUACCCUUUGGAUGGGAAGAUGCUUUGCAAAUCUUGCCACCUGAGUCUGGUUUCUGGUCAGCACUAACACCGGCGUUACCAUCCCGGGAUCAGCUGCAACUGAGGGAAAAGUCACACGACUCCAGCUUCAGAGACGUUGGAGACUUUGCAUGUUCAUUUAAGACUCUGGAACACUAAUGUCACACAUCUUUAUUUUUCUUCCAAUAGAACAAUAAUGAAAUAUUUUUUACAGUAUAUCAUGCUUUCUGAAGAUCUUCAUAUUCUUCUAUUAUACUUGAUAAUUUUGCACUCAAUAAACUCUACAAAAAUGCACCAAAUAUAUUUAUGCCACAGACUUUGCAGGAAAAAAAAACAAUGUACGGCGAACAUUAUUUGAGUUUAUUAUCUCAACCAGUAUUCUGUUUCUCAAUCACAUUAAUCCUUUAUAUAAAAAAAUAAAACUCUAUAUAUA